AUUUCUUCGAGUUAAAGAGAGACUACAUUCAGCUUUUAAGAAAAAAACAGAUCUUUGUUCGUCCUCCAUUUCGCCAAAUAAAACUGAUACUCGUAUCGAGGAUAUUAUUAACGACGUGCAACGAAAAUUAGAUAAAGAAAAAAGAAAGUACUGAAAGUCAGUGAGAAGUGAAGUUGAAAGUGUGAUUAGUCUGCGCGGGUCCGUAAUAGAGCAGGAUGGGUUGUGGACAGAGUAAAAUCGGCAACAUCUAUCCGAAGAACAAGAAGAAUAAAAACAACAGCGGCAAGAAAAACGGUGAUUCUGUCGGAUCCGUGUCCGUCGAACAGAAGAAUGGAAACGGUAGCACGAAGAAUAACAAAACGAACAACAACGGCGUAGAAGUGAACAGGAACGAGGAACAAAAUGGUUCUAGCGACCUGAAAGGCCAAGCCAAGAAGAAGACGAACGGACCUGGUAGCGGUCCUCUGUUGCAACAAGCAGAGAUAUCCACCAGUCAGCUCGACUUCUUCAAAAUGCUCGACGAGAAAAUCGAGAAUGGACCAGACUACGACGAAAGUCUGGACAAAACCGCCAAAGCAGAACACGAGUCCAACCUCGUCCGUCAAUGGGAACUAGCCAGCGUGACCUGGUCGAGCGUGUCCGAAUUAAACAACACGUCCCCUUCCACGAUGAAGAAUCGCAACUCCGGCUUGAACGCGUCUCGACAGAGCCUCAGCGCGAAAGACAAGGAAGGAAUGAGAAACAUAGUCGGCGGUAGACCGGAGAGCGCACCAAUUUACAUGAGGAACGCGAAUCGCGUAGACGGUCUCCAAGAGACUCACUGCCCAUCGCCGAACAUGCCAAGGCACGUGUUAGAAUCGAUCACCCAAAGUCCGACGCAAAGCUUGAAGAAUGUCACGCCACCCGGCUCGUCGCCCACUAGCCUGCGUUAUCAGGACAAUUACAAGGACAAUUGUAACGAGAAUCAGCCGAAAACCGUGAAGAUACAUUACGGUGCUCAGAAUCCUGUGAACGGGGAAUAUGUAACGCAACAGGCGUUGUAUCGUGAACAGUAUUUGCAACAGACAGGGAUAAUCACGGUGCCAGCACAAUAUUCCACCGGUUCUCCAAGCGGCAACGUCCUCAGGAACAAUCCGUACGUGCAACAGUAUCAGAUCACCAGCCCUCAACAUUUCACCACCUCGAGAAAACGGGGCUUCAAUGCUGCACAGAUGACGUGACCGGGCUAGCCGUGCACCACCAGAUAAAAGACUGAUCACACACGAUAUACAUACACACAUGAACACACAGAAACCCUGUGAGUCAAGAGAGAAAGAGAGAGAGAGGGAGAGAGAGGGAGAGAGAGAGACAGAGAGAGAGAGGAAACCGGGUGGCGAGCACCAGGACUCGACGAGGAUAUCACUCGGAUCGUCAUCGUCGUCGUCGUCGAGGCGAGAGCUCUGUUUAAAGUGAAUCAGAAGAAAGAAGGAGAGAGAGCCUAUUCAAGGCUGGAGACUGACCAACACAGACGGAGAAGAUUAACCACGGAUGUUUCUCUGUAUGUUCCUAAAGAUUCCGUACAUUUUCGUUGCGAUUGGGUUAAGAAUUUAAGCUGUAACGAUCCAAUAAAUAUAACACACACGAGCGAGACACCUGUAACGAUUGGUGUUGGCCUAAAGAUUUCUGCGAUUUUCUUUGAAGAGAAGGAUGUGAAGGGUAGAGGGAUACAAUAGCAUCCGUUAUCCCUACGGUAAAAGAUUCUUCUAAAAUCUACACACAGAAUUCUUCGCUGUAAGUGCCAAAAAAAGAAAAAAAAAAAUGCUACUAUACGCAAGCAAUCUUAGUGUCACGGAAGAGAAAACAAAAAGAUAUAA